CAGUGCCUUCAAUGCAAAAAGAAAUCCAAUACGCUACCAUUGCCACUUGAAUAGCCGUGCUUACCCCUUCUCGCGGGACAUUCAUAAAAACGCUUCUUCAGGCCAAGCAAAAAACACUGCAAUUGCCAACAAAGGAUAGCUCUUAUAUGGUAUCUGGCUCAUGGAGCUGAGUUAGUUCGCUAAAUAUUUACAGCAACUCUUUACCCUUUAGUUGACUGUUGUUGGUAGGACAGACCUUAUUUUAAACGCGUGAGACAUCAUGGACGUGUCCCUGCAAGAAGUACCACUUCCUGGAACGGCGCUAGCUGAAGAGCUUGACCAACGGCUCCUCAUCGUGCUACGCGAUGGUCGCAAGCUUCUUGGCGUGCUUCGGUCCUUCGAUCAGUUUGCGAACCUAGUGGUGGAGGGAGCUGUGGAGCGGAUAAUUGUGGGCGAUCAGUAUGGCGACAUACCCCUGGGUUUGCAAGUCAUCCGUGGUGAAAACGUGGUCCUCAUGGGGAGAGUAGAAGAGGGCAAGGACGCACCAGACGGGUUAACGAAGGUAUCCCCUGCCGCCAUUAAGGAGGCGCUGAAAGGGGAAAAAGAGCUCAACAAGCUGAAGAGCACGAUACGGGCACGCAUGGACUUCCUGGACUUGGAUUGAUUGCACCCAGCCUUGGCAACAUGCUGGCCGACUUUGGCAACGUGCAGCCGCUCCCAAGUGUCUAGAGGCAUUUCGAUUCUUGCAUCGGCCGCCUCUGGCAAUCUGUAGCAGUAGGAGAGGAAGUAGAGAUGCAGGCUGGAUGGUAAUGGGAAUGCAGCCCUGGUUUUCCAGUGCCGUCGCUUGGCGGUUACAACUGGGAACCCCAAGAUGACUCAAGGAUGGCUAGCAGUGCUGGCAUGCUGGAAACAUGUGGACGCGUCAGGAAAGGGACGCAUCAGUGGUAGGAGUGCCGCACAGUGCAUUGCUCACUUAGCCGGGCCGACUUUGUGGUUCCUUUACCGUUCCAAGGACUGCUCACUUAGUUGGUUCAUGUAGAAUUGCAAAGGCAUUCUGGUAUGCUGGUUCUGGUGGCCUGGUGGAUUGGCGGAAAACGGUGCGACUGUAUCUAUCUGGUGUACUAGAUGUCUAUUGUGCCGUACAGAUCAGUUUACUUCGUACGGCAAAAGGUGGUCGGCAUAGCUGGUAGUUGCCUUCUUAGGCACACCGCACAGCGUCGCGGUGGCCGUGGCAGGAUACUAUCUCCCCGUGUAGUGCACCGAGGAUUGGAAGAUACUUCGGUCACUGCUUGGCCGCCGUCUGCCGGAUACCGGUACGGCAAGUACGGCAAGGCAUACGGCCUUGUAACCGUUGUAAGACCAAGGGGUGUUG